GGAUAUCAGUAGUUGUAUUUUAUCUACAAGCUGCAGCCGUACAGAAGUAGGGCGUAAAUGCCGUUGUGCAACCUCUCACGAAGAGAAACGAACCCUCCCCCUCCCCCCCCCACCACACACACAAAGUCCCAUUCAUGAGAGCUGUGCAACCCGCUGGACCUCUUCUUUAAAAAUCUGUUUUCUCUUCCUCCCCCUCCCCCCUUUCCCUAUCGAUCCCCAUGUCAAUUCGUAUCGUUUUCGCCGACCUGGACGGCACGCUGCUCGACACGCAUCGCGUUGUUUCCGCUUUCACUCGCGAUGUGCUGCGCCGCCUCCACACGGAGCGCCCAUGCGUGAAAUUUGUCGUAGCGACGGGGCGGCCCUACCAAGACGUGAUGGAGUCCAUGAAGCUGCUGCAGCUCCACCCCGAUUACAUCAUCUCCAACAACGGAGCGGUCGUCCAUCAAGGUGAGACGGACAAACGCGUCUGCCAGCACACGUUAAGGGCAGACGUGGUGCGGCGAGUCCUUGCCCUUCCGCUGCCCAGCGAACCGGUGCACGACCCCUCCUCCAUGGCAGAGGCAACAGGAAGUCCGCCGGUGGCCCCAGUCGUGGCGGCAAACCUUUUCCGUGAGCAGGACUGGGUGUCCACCUGCAAAGUGACGGGCAUGGGCCGCACCUAUCGGCCGAAUUUCCAGCCUCGCGUUGUCGCUGACCUUCCCCUGGCGAACGAGUAUCAUGAGCAGGUGUACAGCUUGUUUUUCUACGGUCCGCAUGAGCAUCUGCUGCCGAUUGAACGAGCGCUGCGGCGCGACUUUGCAGAGGACGUGACCUUCUCCUUUUCGUUGCCGUACAUUCUCGACGUGGCGCCGCGCGCCGUGGACAAGGCCACCGCGCUGCGGGACGUGCUCAAGCUGCUGCAGCUUUCCCCGGAGGAUGCAGCGGCCUUCGGCGAUGGAAUGAACGACCUCCCCAUGCUCACCGCCGUCGGGCACGGCUACGUGAUGGCGAACUCGCUCCCUGAGCUCUUUGCGGCCGCCCCACACCUGGAAGUGAUUGGAUCGAACGCCGACGACGGCGUAGCCAAGAAGCUGCUCGCGCUGUUCUUUCCCUGA